UCUGUAUUUGGGGUGUUAGUUACACACGCGUGUCGUUAGAUUUGAUUCAGAAAUAUGCUUUGCUGACACUUGUAUUAGACCUCCAUCAGACAAAUCGUUCAACAUCAACUGAAAGACAUGGACGACCCUUCAGCUCAGUUUCAACACGAGGAUUUGAUUGAUAUUUUAUGGAGGCAGGAUGUCGAUUUGGGGGUGAAGCGAGACGUCUUUGAUGGAUGUCUUCGGCAGAGAGAGGAGGAGAUCAUGAGAGCAAGAGAAAGAGAGCUUAAAAGGAUAAUGCAAAGGAUACAGAAACUAGACAAGGAAACUGGAGAGUUUUUGCCUAGUCCUUCAUCUGUGAACUCCCAGGCUGUGCCCUUCUCAGAGACAUUGCAUUCUACUGAGUUUACUCAGCGUUCACCUGUUACCCAGAAUCCUCUGCUGUCUGCACUGCUAUUCUCUCAGAAGUCUAAGAAGCCUCCUUCUCAAGAGCAGGCUUUUAGUGAACUGUUGUCACUGCCUGACUUACAGGACAUUAAAGACAUCAAUCAUUUCAGCCAGAUCAAUCACUUCAGAUCAGAGGAGUGA